AUGCAUCGGCUGCAGGCGAUUUCAACUCACGUUUCGCAGGCGUUGACAGGCUCCAACUCGGGAGCACCUGACGACGUCGUAAUUUGCUGCGCUAUACGGACCCCAUUGACGAAGGCAAAGCGGGGAGGUCCGUCCAGUUUUGGGCUUAAAGAUGAAUACCCCGAGACGCUGUUGUGUACUCUGUUUGAGGCCCUUCUCACUCGGACGAAAAUAAAACCCAGCCUGAUUGAAGAUGUCUGCAUUGGCAACGUUCUCCAGCCUGGGGCGGGAGCCCUCGGGGCACGAAUUGCGGCUCUAUUAGGAGGCCUUCCUCUCAGCACGUCCGUGCACACAGUGAAUAGACAAUGCAGCAGCGGGCUGCAGGCAGUGGCGGCGAUAGCAGGGUCUAUUGCCGCAGGAAACAUCGAUAUUGGUGUUGCUGGGGGAGUGGAGUCGAUGACGCACUUUGAAAUGACCUCCGCCUUAAAUCCAGAGAAGGUUGCAGAUAAAGUAUUUGAAGACGAAAUUGCUAGAAAUUGUCUUCUGCCCAUGGGGACAACGUCAGACAUCCUGGCUAGGCGCUUCGGGGUCUCAAGAGAAGAACAAGAUGCUUUUGCUGUGGAGUCUCAUUCAAAAGCAUGGGCAGCGCAGACGGCUGGCCGCUUCAAUGAAGAAAUUGUGCCCGUCACAGUGAAGAAAAAAGAUGCAAACGGAAACGAAAUUACUGUUGCGAUCGAGAAGGAUGACGGCAUAAGAGAGGGGACCACCAUGGCAGCGCUGCAGAGACUGAAACCAGCGUUCGACAAGGGGGGAACAACAACAGCAGGCGAGUCUGCCUUUUGCAUUCUCUUCUUUUCACUCUUGAGAUCUGCUGCGUUGAAACUUCAACUGCCGAUCUUAGCUCGCUUUGUUUCUUUUGCUGUCGCCGGUGUCGACCCAGAGGUGAUGGGCGUAGGCCCAGCUGUAGCCAUCCCCAAAGCCCUUGAGAAGGCCGGAAUCAGCAUGGAAGACGUCUCAGUUUUUGAGUUAAACGAAGCCUUUGCUUCUCAGGUCGUCUACUGCGUCAAGACUCUGGGGCUGCCUCGCGAUAAACUAAAUCCUAAUGGGGGUGCCAUAGCCUUGGGUCAUCCUUUGGGUUGUACGGGGGCUCGCCAAAUCGCGACGCUGCUGCCGGAGCUGCGGCGACGGAAGGGCCGCUUUGGGGUCGUUUCGAUGUGCAUAGGAACGGGGAUGGGGGCUGCCGCCGUCAUCGAGAACUUGAUGCUGUAA